AUGAGGAUCUCGCUGUGUGCACCCUUCCUGUGCCUGCUAUGCGGGCUAGCGAAAUGUCGGAAAGGCCUAAACUUCGAUCAGAUAAUCAAGUACCUGAAGGAGACAAAAAUUAUCGCUGAAAACAUUCCAGACACCUUGGAAGAUGCCAUCCAAUUAGUUCCCCCCUACCUUAUCUAUAAGUACAAAGGGAAGAUCUACUACCUGCACAAUAAUGUGGACAUUACCCCCAUAGAGGAGGAAAAAACGGAGUCUGUUUUUCCCAUGCCAGAGAAUGAGUUAGAACCCAUGAUUCCACUGGAGUGUCACCCGGUAGUACCAGAAGGCGAAAUCCCAGUAUCUCCUCUCCCAGGAGAGAGUCCCCCUUCAGGGGUGGCAGACGACACGAUACAGAUGGUUAUGGACGAAGACACAGGAAUUAUGGUUCCAACAAACACUAACGUGAUUAUCGAAAAGGAGAAAAAAACCACAGAAGAAGCAUUCAGUAUCCCGAAGGAAACACAGUGGAGCAGCGAACAAAAGGAAAAAAACACGAAUGUGUUCUUAUUUGGAAAGGAAAAAAGCACCGUGUACAAAGUGACAGAAAUUGUCCACUAUAAGGAAGAUAAAGAUAUGUGUAAAAACAUCCAGAUGGGUUACGAACGAUUUUACAGUAAAUCUCCAUCGUAUGGUGACGAAUUAGGACAGACAGCAGAUGAUAAGACGCCCAAAGUUGUCCACAAUGUAGACAUGAAAGAUUACUCCUCCUUCUUGACUGCCUUACAUAUACUGUUUAGGAGGGAUGAAGAAAUAGGAGUGCAAAAAAUUUACAAAAUAAAUAACGUCCCCAAGAUGGAUCUGCAGCUAUUCAUUAAGCAGGCUUACAAAACUAUUCACGACACCUUGAAGAACUAUAUCCUUGUCUCCGGGUUCAGCUUCUACGAUUAUAGUUACGAUGUGGGUUCUUUUUCUUUGGAUGUCUUUAUGAAUGACUUUUUUUUCCUCUCCAGUAAUAACCACAAAGACAGGGGUACUUUUAAGAAUGUCACCUCCAGCAUCAAGUACGCAUCUACUGCCAAGGACAAAUUAAGUGUCUACAAAAUAGAGAAAGCGAUUAAGGAUUUUCUAACAGAAUCGAAUCUACGGGUUCUAGAUCUCAAACUAAUUCAUCAUCUUUUUUCCAGAAAUUCCAUCCUGAACUGCACUGAAAAUGACAUAAUCGAUUUCGUGACAAACCUGGUAAACAUCACAGGGGUGGAUAUCUCCCCCCGGAUCGGAGCUACCAUCAUUGCGUAUCUUCUUCAAAAGAUUAACAUAUUCCUAAUGCCUAGUUAUCCCACCAAGACCCGAAAUAGCUACUUCCUCUUGAUGGAGAACAACGAUCUUUUAUUCAUCGUGGAGUCUAUCUAUCGAGACAUCCUGAAACACUUCUACCGUAUGAGCAGCUCACAAGGGGACCUCCCGAAUGCUCAGAAUUUGGACAAAGUGCUAGCCAUGACUCCAUGGGUUGAGAAAAUCUACCCCAAUCUGGGAAGCACCUACGAUUUCUUAAGCAUGAAAUAUGGAGUUGCUCUCUUUUACAACACGUACCACAUGGUAGUGAACUUUUUCCAAGGAGACGCCAAUAUGAAGAAGAUUCUACUUGACCACAAGGAUUCUAAGAAGGUGGACACGCUGGACAAAUUUCUGAACGAAGUUCUGGCGCUCUUCCGCGUGGGUUCGGCCCCAUCGGUGCCGUCCUCAUCUUUCCUAUCCAUGUCCCAAGUGGAGGAGAAGCCCCGCGGGCGCGUCCUCAGCGAGGAGAAGCUAGUCAGCAUCGCAGGAGAUGACGGCAGCGAUGACAGCAGCGAUGACGACGACGAUGACGACGACGUCCCCGAUGACGAGGACGAUGAAGAGUCGAAAGAAGCCAAGGAGGCGGAGGAGGAAGCCACCGCGGAUGAAAACCACGCAGAUAUAUACGCACGGGAAAAAGGCAGAUACAAUGAACUGAGACAGAUCGUCGAAGCGGAACUGAUCAAAGAAAGAAAGGCAUAUGCGAUAAAGAAGAACGAAGAAGAGGCAAGGAGAAAAAAAGCGGAAGCAGACGAAAUCGCAGAGACGGAGAAGAAACACGAAUUGGAGACCCAGCAGUUGGAAGCAGAAGAAGCAAGAACGGAACCAGAGGACGAUGCGAAAUAUGAACAAAAAUAUGAAGAAGAACUUGCAGAAGACAGGGAAUAUGAGAGACGGAAUCGAGAAGCAGCAUUACUAGCCCGCGGCGGAAAACCCUCCAUAUAUCAAAACGACACCCCACAAUCCUUUUACUACACCAGUGCUCUUGGAUUCUUAAAUGAACAAAUAAAAAAUGCCUACGAAAAAGGACUGGAUGAUGCGUUCCGAGAAGUAGCCGAAAUUGAAAGAAAACUGAAGCAAGUGUACAGGAAGUUCGCCCAGAAACAAGCCCCUGAUUAUGCCAAGGUGAAAGACAAAGUAAUGGAAGAGAACGAUAAGCUUUUGGACGACUUAAGCGCCAAAGUGAAGAAUGAAGAAAGUAAAAAAAAAAACAUCCUCGAGUAUAAGGAACACAUUGAUACACAAUUGGACAAAAUGAUGACAAAAAAUGAAGACGGGCUGUAUAACAUGAUCUCAGGAGAUCUUAGGCACAGUUUUAAAAAGUACCAAGAGGACCUCAUGAUCGAAAUGGGGAAAAGAUUCUAUGGAAAAUUUAGAAUCACCCUCGGGGUCAGGAAAAAAACGAUACUGCAAGAAUUUAGAGAGGCCCUCAUGUACGCUGUCCGAGUCAUGCAGGAUCUAGCACCUAGUUACGAUGAGGCAAAAUAUAUCAAGACGUUCAAGGAUAUUUAUACCCACAAAAAGGAAUCUUUCAAAGUAGAGUACAUUAAUGCUAGGAGGAUCAUUUCGAAAAACAUGGACAUAGCUUUUAGGAAGCAUAUCAAACUACACUGGGAGGAGAAAGAUCUGAUAGUUAGGAAGGAGCUUCAAAUCAUUCGCCAACAUGUCCUUAACCGAAUUGAGCAAAUCUACGCAGACCUUUACAAUAAUGUGCACGUCGAUGUCCAAAUCGAUUUGGAGUCCAUCACAAAUGAGAAACUAAAAAUGAAGAAGAGGGUGUUCCAGAUUGUGAGGCAAAAUUUAAAUUACCCAAAUGAUUUGAAACUUCUCGAGGGGAAUUUGGCCCACUACAAGGAUGACGAAACUCCGGACGGGAAAGCGAAGAAAGAGGAGCUUAACGCCCAGAUUGCUAAAAUAAAACAGAGAAUCGAAAAAAAUAAAACGGCUGCCGCUGCACUUAGAACCCAUUUUGAAUCCAUUUCCGAGAGGUACGAAGAGGUACUGAAAAAAAUCGAUGCUAUAGACAGUUUAGAAAAACGAUUCAGGUUCUUCCGCUUCGAAGUCGUCAAAGAGUACAGAGACUGCAGAUACUUCACCGAUACACUGGUGUCCCUUUCGGACAACGACGCAGGGGAGUAUAUCAAAAUAGAGAGUAUCACCAAAGAGCUGAUCAGCGAUAUAGAACAAAUCAAUUACGACAUUCGUGAGAGCAGGUUUCUCCUCCAUGCACUGAAGAGAAAGAAGAAGCACCUCGAAUUGGACGUACAAAUAGGGGACAAGAUCUACAAAAUGGAGCACAACGCAGUUCUCAACGCAAAGAAUGACAAAAAGAGGGCAAAACUGAGAGAGAUACUCACCAACAUACAGAAUGAAGAAGAGAAGUUGGAAAAGCUCUACAUCAAGAGGGACGUCUUCAUGAAGGACCUAAACUUCGUCAUCAGCGAUAGUGAGAAGGAUCCACCAGAAACGGUAAAAUUACUCCUCCCAGAACUUGUUAAAAAGCAGGAGAAAAAAAAUUUAGAGACCUUUAUGAUCGAAAUUAUGAUCGAAACGGAUAUCGAAAAUAAUGCACUCACCAAAUUGAUUGAGACGUUUAAUAAGGAUAUGCUCUUCUACAAAUAUCACAUCAUCAAGACGGAGGACUACUUGAGGUUACCCACUUAUGAGAAGAACCUCGAUGAGAAAUUCUCCGCUCAGAUGGACAGAAACGCAAAGAUGUUUGCAGACAAUUUAGAAAGCUUCCGAAAGGAGUUAAAAACGUAUAGACAGUUGGUGAAGAAGGAAGAGGGGGUGAAGCAGCCAGAUGCGCUGACUUACCUUAAGAGAAACAUCGCCCAUUUGAAGAAUACGAUUCAUGCUCUACGAAACGGAACACCUAUAGAAGACUUCAGUUACAUUUUGAUAAACCCAGAUUUUUUCCAAAGUGGCGGAAUUAAACAUGAAGGUAGAGAAAGCCAACUAGCACAAACGGCACUGGUAAAGAGAUACAAAGAGUUGAACUCUCUAGGGAAGGUUCUCACGGAUACAAAGAACAGAGCAAUACAGUUCAGUGCCCAUUACAAGUAUACCUCCGAUAAAGUCCUAUGGUAUCUAGCCAUCCUGAAAAAGUACAUUGAAAGAUCCGAAAUGGUAUAUAAUAACUCCUACGAUGCGGAGAAGAAGUCCAGACUACAAUUAGAAGAGUUCAUAAAAAAUAGAGCCAGGCUCGCUUUGCAAGAGCCAGUGUUACUCCAGUACGGAGGAGACAUAUGGGGAGGAUCCUGGGGAUUCGCAUGGGGGGAAGCCGCCGACAAACAUAAGUACCUACGUGUCGUGAAGAAAGAACAGACCUUUCCAUACAAGUUGAAAGAAAUUAAGGAUGUCUACCUUGUAGACAAAAUUGUAAAAGAAAAACUCGUCGAAACGGGGAAGCUCGACACGUUCAAGGAUUACAUGCACGUGAAGGUGUAUAACAUCGAGGAGAUUACGGGCCCACCCAUGACGCUGUUCAAUAAGGAGGAACUCCAGCAAUUGAAUCUGUUGACUGCAGAUGGGCACAUCACGAAGGGGAGUCUUAAGAAUUACCUCACCCAUUUGGGCUUUAUGUCAAAUGGGGGAUCAACCAGUGAUGAAGCGCACCUCCCCGCCAUCCUCCAAACAGCCGCCGACUACCUAAAAGCGAGCAACAUCAGUUACGAUGCCAUUCUGGAAGUGCUGAAAUAUCUGCAGGCUACUCCCAACGCGAUUAACGUGCGGGAUAUCAUAACGUUGAGCGAAAAGAUUCUGGACAAUUCGAAUGUCUUCUUCGUGAAGCAGGACACGCUGAGCAUCUACCUUUUAACCUUUUUGGAUCUCCUCGGGGUGCAGGUCAAGAUGGACGACAUACAGAAAAGGGACCGAAAAUCCAGAGUGAUGACCUACCUGAGCAUUUUAAAAAGUUACUAUAAAAAAAUCGAAAUUAAGGACGAAAUGAAGAAACACGUGAUGCGCUUCCUCCAACUGAAUGAUGUGUUCCCCGCGUUGUCCUACGAUGCGAAGCUGCAUGAGUUGCUGCUAGCAGUUCAGCAGAGCUUGGACGGAAACCCCACUUUGUACGAAGCGUUUAAGAAGGAGAACGCCCAAUUCGCAACAGAGUUUCUGAGCGGAGUGAAGAAGGGUCUAGACGAAUUCGUGGAUUAUAUCUUCGCCAAGGUUGCGACAUUCAGUACUUGGAAUUUCACAUCCAAGUACUACCACGUGCAUAAGUACAAACCGGAAGAAACGGAAAACUUAAAAAUGCGGUCCCAUGAUUACGAUAAUGGUGAUUUCGACAACAUGAUGACAUUAUUCUUCUAUUUCGUCAAUCCAGACCUGCGUAACCUGAUGAACGAGUAUCCCAUAAAAGUAAAUUUCUCCUGUCUGGACAAAUUCUCCACCUUCGAUUUUAAGGAGAUCUUUUCCAUCACAAAUGACACUAAGCUGCAUCAGCUGUUCCAUGAGAAAAUGCGACGAUUCAAAUACGGACGUGUCCAAUCGUUAGUAUACAUAUGGAGGUACUUAUUAAAUCGCAAUAAUAAGGAGUUCUUCACUUACGAGAAGGUCCGUUCGGUCGUCGAAAGAUACUUUUCGCACAGCCUAUUUGAUGAUAACACUCGUGCGAUGCUUUCCAAAUUGGCCUACUCCUUCUUAGCGAGAAUAUCCUACCACACAGUGUCCUACUUCGACAUCCAGAUGGAGCCUCUCAUCCAGGAUAGCGAUCUGGAGCUGAUUUCCCUCUUCCAUAACAUUCUAAAUAAGCUGAACUUCCUUUUAUAUUGCACCAACACGAAACCGUAUCUAGAGCGAUACGCCCCGGCGAACCUACUCUCGUAUAGCAGACCGUUCAAGUUAGAUGCAUUGAAGAUUUUCCACCACUUCGUGAAUUCUCUUCCGCAUUACUUACGCUCCCACGUUGUUAACUUCUUCGAGACGGACUUCCCCGAAGUAACGGAAAAGCUUCUGAUCGAUCUGUUUAAUCACUGCAGGUCCUUCCUGAAUGACAACGGGGUCUACUUAGAAUUAGAAAGCGAAAACAAAAUCGAAACUUUCUUCAAAUUGAAUUAUUUCUUCACCAAGAAUAAAAACGUCCGGGAUGGAAAAUACGAGUUGAUGCUCAUUGAAGAACCGGAACUUAAGGAGGCAAAACUUAUCUUCAAUAGGAGAGUCAAAUAUGAUCAUGUUAACAAAAAAAUGAACUACCGUGAGACCCUCGACUUGAAAGAUGUCAUAGACGAGAAAUCAUUUAAAAUGCUACUCCAGAUUCUGAUCAAUGAGCAAUUCUCCUUUGAUGAAGUAAAUGAAAAAUUUAGAAAUUUCAUGAAAAAAAAUAAAUUAGUCUUCCCAAAAUUUUACAUGCUAAAGAAGACGAUUAUCGAGAAGGCAGAUGAUCUGUAUUACCUGAAGUUGUACAAAUAUCUUUACGACACAUUUCAGAAGAUCCAUGUUACGCAGCCGAUUAACGAUUUGUACUUUCUCUUUGUGAAGGUCCUUCUUGAUUAUUCUGUUGCUCCGUUCAAAUUCACCAACGACCACGUGCAACAGCAACUGAAUAUACAGCUUGGACGCAAGUAUCAAAGAUAUAUACACUUCCUGUCGAAGCUCUUCCCUUGCCUCUUUAACUUCUACUACUAUGACGAUACGGUUGACUGCCAAGAUUUUGGAAAUUACAUCAGUGAGGAGGAGUUCUCCCCUGAGCAGAAGAUGCUAAACAUUCUGCAGACCCCGUUCAUUCAGCUGCCACAGACGGUACAGGAUAACCAAAUAAAUUUGGACUACCACAUAAAUGAGGAGAAUCUCUUCGUUGACUUUAUUAAAGAAUUCAUUCCAGAGAGUGAAAAAAUGGAUCAGAAUCAGCUGCGAGUAGAAUCUUUCAAAAUCAGAUACUUCAUCACGGAGAUCUCCAAAUUUGUCAUGCGAAAUGUUAUGUCCAAGAUGCCAUCCUCCUAUCUCUUCCACAUGGGCUACAAAGACUUCUACAUAAACGUCGAUGAUAUAGUGAACAAUCUACAGCCAUUCUUCGAACAAGUUCGCAAAGUGAAAGCACCAUCCGAUGAAGGUAACUCCUCCUACCGUGUCAUCAGUGGAACUAUAGCAAAUUUCAUGGACACCAACAAUGAAGACGCCGCUUCUUUCCGAUUCCAGAAUAUCAAGUAUUACCUUAACAGCCACGUCACGCAACUCUUCCUCGAGAAUAACAUGUCCUUCAAAUACUUCAUCGAUUUCAUCAAAAAUAUUGACAAAUUUAAGACCUACUUCCCGACCCUCUCGGAGCUCUACGUCUUCGUUGACAAGCACGUCAACAUCAUCAACGCGAUUACACACCCGAAUUUUACGGAGCGGGCCACUACCCAGCGCGUCAUCCAGAUUUUCGUCGACACGCUGAAGAACUUCGGUGUCGACCUAUACGAGGUUUAG